AUGCCGCUUGCCUUCCUGCCUUCGUGGCUGGUGGGCAGCAGCCCGGACUUCUUGAUGGGUCAGCUGUACCUGUUGGUCACUCUCUUCCUGGCGGAGAUGGCGGCCAGCCGCGUGACGGCCUCGCUGCUUCUGCACACCUGCGCCUUCCACACCUUGGAAGGUGCCCUGGCCUUGGCGGUCCAUGUGCUGGACGCCCGGCUCGGCUCGGAGGGUACUGACACCAGCUGGAAGAACACCUUUGGGUGGUCGCGCGCCCCCGUGGCUGGCAGGCUGGUCAGCGCCGUGUUGCUGGGGGCGUUGUGCAUGGCACUGGUGGCCGAGGCUCUUCGGAGGUUGACAGAGCCGCAGCUCACCCGGCAUCCGUUGGCGCUGAUGGGCAUCGGGGCGCUGGCCAUCCCCAUCCACCUAGCCCAGGAAGGUUGGCCCUGGAGAAUGCCCGCUAAGAUGGACGCCGGGCCUUGCUGUAGCAAACGAAGGCUGGUGCCAACGGCGAAGCAGGAAACGGAAGAUCUUCUGGGCCGCGGAUUGUCAACCAACAGUCAACCUUGGUUGGUCAAAGAGAAGGAGGGAAAUACCGCAUCAGCCGCAGGACCAUGGUGGACUUUUUAUCUUGGAUGGAUGGUGGCUUGUUUUGCACCCAUGGCGGUUUUCCUGCAUUCCCUCACGAUCCACCUCUGGUGGACUCCAUGCCUGGCACACGCCACAUGUCUCGCUUCCUGCCCCAAAACUCCGUGCCUAUCCUGGAGAACAUCUGACAUCCUGCAACCGCUCUCUGUGGAUUGUUGGCUCUUCUACUUGGAUCCCGGGCUGGCGAUGGUGGUCGCCAUGGCCUUCCUGUGGUUGAUCUGGCCCACCUUGAGGGCCUCCGCCCUGGUCCUCCUCCAAGCCACGCCAGAGGAUCUGGAUCUGUGGCUCCUGGAAAGACACCUCCGUGCCACGGAAGGGGUGGCCGCCGUGCGGGAGCUCCGAGUCUGGCAGCUGGACGGCUGCAGCCACUUGGUGGCCACAACCCACGUGGUCUGUCUCGAUGUGGCCGCCUUUGAGCCGGUAAUUCGGAGGGUGAAGCAAGUGUUCUGCAAACACGGCAUCCACACUGUCACGGUGGAACCGAACUUGGGAGUGGGCACAAAUCAGGGACAGCGGGAAAGGUCUGGCCAGGGAUCCCAUAAGAGGCAGGUGUGUCCAGAUCCUGCAGAGGUGCUGGAGUUUGAGACCUGUGUAUGAAAAAGGA